GGGCUGCACCCGCCUCCUCCGCCGGAAGGAACCUCCUCCUCUGCGCAGCUCUUGGCUUCAUCUAGGCAGUAAUUUCUCAUGUUUUCCCCUAACGCUUCUCACCUGAGGGGUAUUGAUCCGUUUCUAAGGAAGAGUUACUGACUGAGAAGGUCUCUCUUGGCCUGUGCCCCAUUUUGGGAGGGUUGAUGUGUCUUUAGGAAGCAGGAUGCCAGUACCUCUGAGAAAACUCUUCUUUUUGACUGGUGUAAUGACUGCUGGGGGCUGUACCCUUGUGUAUUACCUCAUACAAAAAACUUUUUCCAAGGCUUCUUAUUACCAGUUGGCAUUGGAGCAGCUGCGUAACCACCCCUCAGCACUGGAAGCUCUGGGCACUCCGCUCAGUGUACACUAUCUCCAACUCACUGACAAGUACAACUUUGUGGACAUUGCUGAUGCCCAGUUGAAGAUUCCUGUCUCUGGAUCCAAGUCAGAGGGCCAUCUCUAUGUCACAUCAUCCCGAGAUGCCCCCUUUAAGAGGUGGCACCUUCAGGAGGUCGUCUUACAGCUCAAGGAUGGCCAGCAGAUUCCUGUAUUCAAACUUAGUGGAGAGAAUGUUGAUGAAGUGAAAAAGUAGAAGAGAUGAUCAAAAAGACCCAACUUUCUCCAAAUAUGCCCUUCCCCCACACCACUGUACCCUUUCAUGCUUGUGAACCUAGUUUUCUGGUCACUGAGGAGGAUGACAGUAUAUGCUGAUCUCUGAUAACAUUGGUAUAGUUAUAAUUUGACUACAGCUAUUUUAAGGCUUCAAAUUUAACGAGAAAUUGUUUUUAACUUUAUUCAAAGUUCUCUGUAAAAUCAAAACACAAAAUAAAAGGAAUCAGCAUUGCA